AUGAGACUCUUCGCCUUCGGCUCAAACGGAUCAGGCCAACUAGGCAUUGGCCACGAGGAAGACGUCCCCACACCAACACAAUGUCUCUUCGAACAGACAGAGACAUCACAAGGACCCCAAAUGACCACCAUUCAAAACACCAGGCUGGCAGAUGAAUCUGGAACCACCACAAUCGCAGCAGGUGGAAACCACACCCUCCUCCUAACAACCAGCGGCUCCAUCUACGCCGCCGGCUGCAAUGCAGACGGACGGUGCGGGCCGCACAGGGCAACCAAACCCCCAAAAGAGCAAGAGUCCGACAACAACAGAAACAUCCUGCGCUUUCGUCGAAUGAUCAUCUCAGACGCAGCAUCCGAUACAGAGGUAUCAAAGUUCAAACACGUCUCCGCCACGUGGGAGGGCACGAUUGCUGUAGCUUCCGUGCCACGAAGCAGCAAUAAUGUCGACCAUGGAGACACUCCCGACACGGAAGAUCGUGUCUUUGUCUUCGGAUCCUCGCCUAAAGGUGAACUGGGUCUAGGUCAAAAUACCACUGCCCCCGUCCCGGGGACAUGUAUCCCCUCCUUCCCGCCAACGGAUUUGAGAAUCACAGCGCUUGCGAGCGGAAUGGCUCAUUCGGCUGCUGUGCUUUCGAAUGGACAUGUCUAUGGCUGGGGCGCGGCGCGGAAGGGUCAGCUCGGGAGGGAGAAUCGAGAUGCUAAGAUUGCUUAUUCUCCUGUUCGAAUUCGUGUGUCUUUCUUUGCGGAGGCUGUUGCUUGCGGCAGGGAGUUUACGGUUGUCUCGGGACAGGGGCGGUUUGUUGUUCUCGGGGAUAGGGGAAUCGGUGGGGUAUUGAAUAUCCCGGAGAGUUUAUCUUUGCGCGCGGGGGAUGAUGGAGAUCUAGGUGGAUAUGGAGAUCAUUUACAGAAUGAUGGGCGAGAGGAAUGUGGAGGGUGCAGAGGUACUAUUCCUUAUGGCUGUACUGGUAUUGCGGCUAGUUGGCAUGGGGUCUAUGUACAUGCUGCGCCUGGGCUGGGACGGGUGGAACCGUCGAUAUCGAAUGAAGCGUUAAGCACCGGAUCUCGAUCAGAUGCACAGACAGACCCUGAUUCUGAUUUUGUCGGUGGCUCCAUUAUUGCCUGGGGACGCAAUGAUCGAGGCCAACUUCCACCGCCGGAUCUUCCGACUCCUGCUAAACUCGCUGUUGGCAGUGAACAUGCCCUUGCUCUUCUGCAAGAUGGCCGAGUGGCGGCGUUUGGAUGGGGCGAGCAUGGAAACUGUGGGCCUGAUACAGAUUCUCAGGGAAUGUAUCGGGUACAUAUAAUGUGGUUUCGCUCCCUGAAGCUGUGGGCGCGGAUGGAAAGGUUGUCGGGGUUGGAGCGGGGUGUGCGACUAGCUGGAUGA